AUGCCGCUGCUCGAUUCCUUCGACCCAUCUCAGACAAUAUCCUCGUCGAGAACCCGCUCUCAAAAGCGAUCUCUGAUCGCAGGCAGCUCUUUCCACGACAGCUAUGCCGCAACCGAAGUCAAUUGGGAUGGUCUCACGCAGCAUCUUGUCUCGCACAGUCAUGGACUCGUCAGCUCGGUCUACCGUUGCAAGCUUUCUCCCUACGCCUCAUGGCCCUACCAAGGCACCUCUUCGACCUUGGCGCUGGGUUUGACGCUCGCCGAGGAUGCCGAGUCAGCCGAGGGCCUGCCGGGAUGGGUCUGCAUCAAGCGCGUUGCCGUCGACGAGCAGCCCCGUCCGCAUUCGGUCGCUCGCGAAAUCGCUCUUCUCGACCGUCUGCCCCCUCAUCGCAACAUCACGCCUCUGCUCGCAGCGCUAUACGAUACGUCGGAUCCAUUUGGGGCAGUGAUGGACCUUGUCAUGCCGCUGUAUGCAGCUACACUGGAAGAGGUGCUUCAGGAACCAUCGUUGAUCCCCUCGCUCGCGGCGGCAGAAGGUAGCCUAGCAGAGACACCGAGACCGGGCAACUCGAUACAGCACCUCUGGUCAUCCUCCCCACCCUCCUUCAUUCACAGCGUGGCGACACAGCUCCUCGACGGAAUAGCCUUUCUGCACGAGCACAAGAUCGCACAUCGGGACAUCAAGCCGUCCAACAUCCUCCUCAGCCACAACGGCACGCUCAAACUGAUCGAUCUCGGUACGGCCUACACCACCACCCCACUCCGCAACCCUCUCCCAGACGAAGACAUGCCGCUUGACGACGAGGCGAAGCAGAUGGUGUGUCAGGUGGGGACGGGCGAGUUUCGCGCACCGGAGCUGCUCUUCUCGCCACUCGGAGGGUACGAUGCCUUUGCGGUGGAUGUUUGGGCUGCAGCAGUGACGCUGGCGCACUUCUUCACGCCGCUCACCGCCAUCCCCACCAUAACGACUUCUGACUUUCCCAGCCUAGACGUAGAGCAUGACGAGCGGAAGGAUUGGCAGCGUGCCUUUGACUCAAACACCCCUCUCCCCGACGAAGGAGAUAGCCCACUGUAUUUCGAAGAAGAUCCGUAUCCGCAGGACGACCCAUCGCAAGGCGGCAGGAGCGAAUCGGGCUACAUCCGCACCCCACUCUUCGAGGCUGACAGAGGAGACAUCGGACUGGCCGCCAGCAUCUUUGCCCUCCUCGGCCUGCCAAUGUCGAUCCAAGAUUGGCCCGAAGCAGAACACUUUCAGCCGCGACUGGAACGCAUGCCCUUCGCAGCCACCGAGGGAAAGGAUUUGUUGACUGCGCUGCCCCUCUUCCAGCCAGAAGAGGGUGGAGAGUCGGGGGAGGUGGUGCAAAAGGUGAUUGUCCCAGCACUUCAGUUGUCCACUUCGAAACGACCAAAGGCGCAGGAGUUGCUCAAUGCCCUUCGCGCAACCGGUCCUGCCUCAUAA